CAUUGCGCAUGCGCUGCGUGGCCACCACACCUUGGAUAGACUCAACCGUUAAUGGCCGGCCGUCGUUAAUCAACACGCACCCUUUGCAGGCGCUUACCGUUUUAGCCCAAGUGAGGAGUACCAACGAGAGGCCACUGAAUGAUGUCCUCGAACAGGGUCAAACUCAACCGAACCAGGGUGAAGGACGUCACCUGCCUCAACCUUGUGACCCGGCGGAGAGUGCAACCCGAACAAAACUUUCCCCGAUUCCUGUCAGAAUAUGAACGCGACAGGACCUUGAUAAUGGAGCCGAGCACCGGCCGGGAGAAGCCGGACGCCACGGCCAGCAGUGCCCGAGGCCUUUGGGUCAAUGGUAGGAGCAGAGGUGACCCCGGUGCUUGCCUAGGGAUGUCGGUGUCGUUGAUCCCCAGGCGGCGGCGUGUGUUUAUGACAGAUUUUGAUGGAAACGUGAAUCCAAUCUCUACCUCCCUCACUGGUUCAGAAGGCUCUUUGAGAAGAAUUGUUCAAACCUCUGGCUGUGGUCGCUGUAGUGACUGUAAGUUAAUUUCUCCUCAGAGGAGGACACUGGCCAAGCAAGUGGAAAAAAACAUUGAUCAUUGCCCAGAACACCACAAAGCCACUCAAGCACUUAAGGAAGACCUCUACCCAAAAGUCAACCUCUGUGAUGUUGUCUUAAACGCUGAUGCAAGUUGCCAUGAUUGUGGCUUUGUGCUACCAAAUGUUCUCAAGACUGAAACUGUGCAUUGCUUCAAACAGGACAUGAUAGCUGCUGGAUUUCAGCUCAGGCCCUGUUGUUCAGGGCACCACAAAAAUGGAAGCGAGGAGGACCAAAAUGUUAUUUCGGGUCCAAGAUUGCAAUUAUACGAAGACGGAGAUAACUUAAUUAACCCUACCACUCGUCCGUUCUUCAAGGGGUGUAAGAAUGAUUAUGUCUCUGCAACCUGGUCGGCUUCCACGUUGACUGGAAACCCUACAGGAGAGCAUGGCGUUGAGUCCGACCCUCGAAAGGAAUGUGACGCCACAUUAACGGAGAUACAUGGGGACAAAAUAAAUAACAUUGAUUAUAUUAAGACUGACACUCUGAAACUCAUUCCAGACCUGGAAAUCAUGAAACACAACAGAUUUUUAAAUGAGGAGGAAAAAAGUUGCAGGACUUUGAACAAUCAUAGUCAGUCGCUUGCAGAGCUGAAAGUUUGGACAUGCAACACCUUCAGUGUCAAGGUGAAAGAUAAUUGUGUCCCUGAGGAAUCUUGCGAAGUGAGAGACGGUGCUCAAACUCCGGAGGAGACCUCAGGAUUGUUCGAUGAUGACCCAGCGUCAUUCUCCUGCCAGAGGGUGAGGGUCCAUUUUAAAGAAAAAAAAGAUUCCUGUGCACGCACAUACAUAACCUGGCACAGCAAGUGGCAAAUUGUGAAUGGAUUGAUAAACCUGGAAAACUACACAAAUGAUCUUGCACAAACAGAUGUAAUGCCAUCUGCUCCUCUCGCAUCAGUUGAACCUUCGUCUUCCGGCAGAAGCGGUGAUCUAAAUGAUAGCUAUGACACUGGGCGUUUGGAAGGAACUGAUGAAGAAGUCAAUGAGGUACAAGUUAAAUCGGAUCAACAGGUGGAGCAGACGACGAGCCUGGAUGGUUCGGCAGUUCUCGCCAAAGCCACCUCUUCCCCCAGCACUUUAGAUGAUGAUGGUGAAGCAUGCAAUUGUGAGGGUCCGCCAUCUUCUGCUAGUGAACCAGGCUCAAGUUCAUCCGAGCUAGCAGAUGAUGAUGAUGAUAAUGAUGAUGAUGGCUGUCCAAGUAAAAGUGGGGCAGGUGGAGACGCUCACUUGUGCAUUUUGGAUGAGUUCACGGCAUAUCAACGUGAUAUCCUACUUGUUAAUGUAAAUCAGGAUGACUCAGAUCUCUUUGGCAACCUACCCCAGGAGAGUCUGCUGAAACUGGGUCCCAACAGAGUUCAUGAAGACCCAAAGACUUUGGUGACAUAUGGAGUGUCACAGACUUUAAAACCGAGUUUGACCCCAGUUAAUAUAAAUCUUCAGUGCACCAGUCCAGAUGACGAGGAGAACUCAGGCAGGCCCUGGAGACCUAAGAAAGGCAGUAGCUCUCCCAAAAGCCAGAGCAACAUAUUCAUGGGUAAAUCUAAUGCCAGCAGCAAUACAAGCAGAGGCUUUCUGGAAAGGCAUGUGCACAUUCAGGCAGUGAAUGAACUGCAUAACUCUGUCCCUUCACCUUGGACAGUGAGAAAUGGUCCAUCGAUGCCAAACCCUGCAAACAACACUGAACCUAGGUGUCAGAAAUUUAAUUCUUACUGCAGGCUGUUCUUCAGUGAAUCGCAGUCCUGUGGCUACAAGAAGUGCCGCUUCCUGCAUGUGCCGAUGGAGGGUGACGAGAAGUUCUGUGUCAACACUGUGGCAUGCUUCACCAAAAAUCCAAUGUGCCUCCAAAAAGCAGGAGCUUUGUUCACAAGCUACUACCAAAACAACCCCCCGGGAACGUUUUUCUCCAUGCCAGUGUUUCUGUCACUCCUCUGGGCUCUGCUCAAAGCAGGCAUCAUGUGUGAUGUCUUGUCAGUACUCGGAGUCAGCUUGGCUCACAAGAUAGUGCCGACUCAUGAGUUCCUGCUUGCCCUUUUCACCUUUGUAAGAGUGAAAGGCUUCAUUAGUGUUGUACCUUGCCUUAUUCAACUCACUUACAAGAUGGCCAAUGAAAAUUUAAUGCUGAGCGUGGGUUGCUUUGACUGUGUUAAAAACACUCCUGAAUUCCAGAAGAUAAUUCAUGCAAAUAUGCCUGCUAAACAAAGAUUAUUUGUUUCCACCAGUCUGCCCAUUUCAGACUCCUUGUACUUGGCUCAUGUCAUUGUGGAGAUAGAGCUUUGUGCAAAGCAAGAGGACUGGCGCCUCAUGGGCGAGGCAUUUCGCUCUAUUUGCACACCGAGCCAACAUCCGGGCCAACUGGAGCGCCUCAGCGGGCAGAUUGCUGUUGCGCUUCUAUCCGAGAGCAAAGAUACGCUUUCUGUGCCGUUUGAGCCAUUCGCUCAGACAAUUUGUCACAAUGAGGACCCAAACUCGCUGUUGAUUAGUUUCUUUGGGAGAAUUGGAGUCUCACUCAUGCUGAGAUACCAUAAAACUCAACAGUGGGCCAAGGGUCGGAGGGUGGUUGAGGUGCUGUCCCAAUCGAAGGUCAACUACUCGAUGCUGAAAGGUUUGUUCGGGAAUGAGGACAGAGGGUCACGCUGCCACCUCAUCACCGUGGCAGCAGAGCACUUCCUCUUCAGCGGCAGCCUGGAAGGAGCUCUCAAAACUCUCCAAGAGAACAAAUGGUUCGUGAGUUCAAGCGCGUGGCCGAGUCAGCAUUCUGACCUGGAGAGUAGAAGCCGUGUGCUCAUGCAUCUGGCUGCAAAAGCCUCACACAGAGAUGCUUUGGAGGUCCUGUGUAAUCUUCCAGGAAUACAAGAGCCCAAUGACCAGGUUGACAUCACUAAGUACAUCCCGCUGUUUAAUGCUCACCUCCAAGUGUGCGUGGACAGAAUGAUGCUUCCUGUAGCCUCAAACACGGUGGACUUCAUGCUCUCUAGAAAGCUGCCAGUAGAAGGCGCUGUGCUGCAGACGCUUUUACACCGGCUGGGGAAACAGAACCACUGGCUUCGUGCACGAGAAGUCUUCAGACACUCUCUAACUGCCGGCUAUUACCCAGCCGUAUCGGCCCCCGCUGGGUCCAUGGCACUGAUUGUCCCCAGUCGACUGGGGGAGGUGGAACUAGCGCUCACAUUUGAGAUGUUAAUCACUGUCAAUGCGUCACACAUACUCCCCCUUUCUGAAACGACAACCUCCUCCGUCAGCAUCACCCUAAAAAGGAGUCAGGAGAGCGAGAGGGAGUACCUCUCGGCUGGUAGCCGCCUGCUCUCCGCGGCGCUCAUCCCUCAGCCCAAACUGGUGGUCCACUACACGACUGUGAACUCCUCACAGGAACAAGUCUUCACGCUCUGCAUCGUCUCGGCCCGAUGCUGGCUGCGGAGCAAUCUAAUCUGGGCGAACGAGUUGUGGAAUACAUAAAUUUAUAAAAUAAGAUGUAUUAAAAAAAAAAAAAAAAAAAAGUGUAACCAAGUAAAUGCAAAUGUUACAUUUUUGAAAAUGUGACUUAUUGUAUGAGUGAUGAAAAAUUGUAGUUGCCAGUUUAAAUACUGUGCUUGUAUAUUUUUGUUUAUAGUGUUUUUAUUAAAUGUUCUGCUUUAAAUGUU